CGCCACCCGUGAGCGAAUCGUUCGCUCGAUCCUCGCUCUGUCGAUUGAGUUUGGCUGUGGAAGCCAUUUUAUUUUCGUGAAUGUGAUAAAACAUUUAGAAAAACUCUAAUUUUGAUGUCAUAGUGUUAAAUGUGUGCUCGAAAUAAGUGUAAUUUGUGACGUGAACGUGUUCUAAUCGUGGAGGAUGUCAUUAUUUCGAAUCGGUUUAUGUUGACCUGCCCCUUUCUUACGUGGACCUACAGGCGGGCAUCGAUUAGUACGAAACGGUAGCCUUUACAUAAGGCGAAUCGAGUGUCCGGACAGUUUGUGGGGUGCGCCAUGGGCAACAAUGCUGCCACCGCCAACAAAAAGGUGGAUGCCGCCGAGAGCGUCAAGGAGUUUCUCGAUCAGGCUAAAGAAGACUUCGAGGAGAAAUGGAAGAAGAAUCCUACCAACACCGCCGGACUGAACGACUUCGAGCGGAUCAAAACGCUCGGCACGGGCUCGUUCGGCCGAGUGAUGAUAGUCCAACAUAAGCCGACGAAAGAGUACUAUGCCAUGAAAAUAUUAGAUAAGCAAAAAGUUGUAAAAUUGAAACAGGUGGAGCACACGCUCAACGAGAAGCGUAUCCUGCAAGCCAUCAAUUUUCCAUUUCUCGUAAGCCUUAAGUUUCAUUUUAAAGAUAAUUCGAACCUGUACAUGGUGUUAGAGUACGUUCCCGGGGGGGAGAUGUUCUCCCAUCUGCGGAAGGUGGGCCGGUUUUCCGAGCCCCAUUCGAGGUUCUAUGCAGCGCAGAUAGUACUCGCAUUCGAAUACCUCCACUACCUAGACCUUAUCUAUCGAGAUCUGAAGCCCGAGAAUCUAUUGAUAGACUCGCAGGGCUACCUUAAAGUCACCGACUUCGGGUUCGCGAAACGAGUGAAGGGACGUACGUGGACCCUGUGCGGAACUCCCGAGUACCUGGCACCCGAAAUAAUCCUCUCCAAAGGGUACAAUAAGGCGGUGGACUGGUGGGCGCUGGGCGUGCUGGUAUAUGAGAUGGCGGCCGGCUACCCGCCGUUUUUCGCGGACCAGCCCAUUCAAAUAUACGAGAAGAUCGUAUCCGGAAAAGUCCGUUUCCCCUCACACUUCGGUUCGGACCUCAAGGACCUCCUCCGUAAUUUACUACAAGUCGACUUGACGAAACGAUACGGCAACCUGAAGGCGGGUGUGAACGAUAUCAAAGGGCACAAGUGGUUCGCCAGCACCGACUGGAUAGCGGUAUUCCAAAAGAAGAUCGAAGCACCUUUCAUUCCUCGUUGCAAGGGCCCCGGGGACACGAGUAACUUCGAUGAUUACGAGGAGGAGGCGUUACGUAUCUCCUCGACUGAGAAAUGUGCGAAGGAGUUCGCCGAGUUCUGAGCGCACUGUUGGAGCCUGCGUACGGACAUUCCCGUGAGUAGGUAUUUUGUACUAGCUAAUCUACCUUGACAGUGGUCAUGGAAAGUCAUGGAAGGCAUCUCCGCCAAAGGCUUAGGGUGUGUAUAGACAUUGAAUCACACGAAAGCUGACAAUUCUGGUGAAUUACGGUACGGUGAAAAGAGAGCAAAGUUCUAAUCUUUAGUGGUGUUUUUCCUUAGUGUCCUUUCAGGUGAUUACCAAAUACACAUUUAAUGAUAGCAAAUAAUGUGGUAAAAUAUGGAUUCCAAUCUACUUUGUAUCAAACUAAAUUGAUAGAAAGAAUUUCUAUAAUUUUGUUACAAAAUUCCUUGUUACAAGAGGACUAUUUUCUUAGCAUUGUGCACAGAAAUAUUAUUUAAUCAAGAUGUAAUCUAAAGCCGGUGCAGAUGAUUUUGUUAUUUUAUACCAUGGAAUUAGUUUGUGACAGUUCAAUACAUGGUUUUAGAAAAAAAAACAUUGCAAGAUGCACCUCAUUGCAUUUAGAGCAAGUCUACGUAGAUUGCAGAUGGAGUAACAACUUUUUGAUCUUUUAUAUUAUUAUGUGCUAUAAUAUUGUUAAGUCAUUUUAAACACACCACACCAAAAAUAUUUGCUUGCAAAUAUUCAUAUAGAAUCCAAAAAAAUUCUAAAUAAGUAGUUCAUUCAUCUGUGAAAAAUCAUUAUUGUUGUUGAUUUAUAUUAUAUUUAAUAUACAUUAUACAAUAAGUGUAAGUUUAAUGAAAGGUUUUGAUUUUUUGAUUUGACAUUGUUAUUGGUUUUUUAGAGUAUGUUUGUUAGAUCAUUGAUAUUUUAAUUAAGAAAAGUAAUCACUAAAUCAGAGAUUAAUUUAUUAUAGUUCAUUUGUGCAAUUCUGCCUACGUUUGUGAUCUGACGUAUGGAUUUUUUUGGAUUUAAGUGUAAUAUUUAUAUAGUUCCUUGUUUUGUAGAUGUAUAAUAAUGAUGUGGAGGUAAACUAGGCACAUUAUGUAAUAAGCCAAUUUUGAAUAUAGUACAAUAGACCAUUUCAUGCUUAUUGCUAGAAUCCAUUUUUGAGAGCAAUAACUUAAAAUAUUAGUAAUAAAUUAACUGUCUUGUAAUAUACUUCUCAGCCUCUAACUAAACUGUCAUUUACUCUAUGUGCUACUACUGUUUAUCUUGUUUAAAUUGAUAAUAGCAAUGAGUCUGAAAAAUGGUUGCUUUCGAAGAUACUAUAAUAUGCUGGCAGUUUCACCUGCAGUUAGCUCUUAGAUUUAGCACUUUAAAACCAGGCUGUACAAAUAAUAAUCUACCUACCUAGAUAUUUGUAGAAAAUUUUACAUUGUAAUAAAUUGUGAGUUUGUGGUAAAUAAUAGUCAUUAGAAUAAUUUUUAUUAAAGGGUCAUUUGUAUUCUUGCACAUGUUUAAUUCAGAAUCGCUUGUGUCAAUUUGUUUUAAUUUAUCGAAAUGUUACAUCCAUUGUUAAUGUAUUGAUGGACGAGGCUAAAUCAUAUCAAAUUGUGCUCCUUAGCAAUUAUUCUAAAUAUAUAUUACUUAUAUGACUAAUGUCCAUAAUAUGUAGAUUUAGAAGCAGACCAAAUUGCUUGUCUUAUGCGUAAUCAAUUACAGAUUAUGUAGUCUAAAAUAAGUUACCUUUGUGUAUUUAAUAUUAUACGGAAUUGAAAACAAUGUCUUGUCAUGUGAACCUACCAAGUUAUAUUUUUCGGUAUGGGUUCUCUGUGUGAGUGAGCAACUUUUGUCUUUAACUCUCGUACACUUCGUAAAAUUUGAUCAUGCUUCUUACCUAAUUUUCGUGUGCGAUGGAUUUUGUAGACCGUGUGACAUUAACAUUUGAUGAUAAGGAGUUUACAUAAUUCCUUGCAUGGUUCAUUUGUGUAAAUAACAUUUUAUAUCAAACUGUAACAGGACUAGUGAUAUAUACAUGAACCAAAACUGUGAAAUAGUUUAAGAUAUUUUUAUAUGUCAGUAUUAAGUCCAUGCACCAUUUCUAUGAUUUAAUAUUGUAGGACGCUAAUUAAGUACAAAAUCAUUUGAAGUCUGCAUUUGUUUGUAUGUGUAAGUUGUCUAGGAUUUCUCAUCUCGAUGUUCGGUGGAUUGUCUAUGCAGAUGCUCUUGUGCUGCCGAGUAGAAAGUAAGAGUUUAAAACAGAACAGUUGAUAAUAAGAUGAAUUUGUAUAACAUCAUCCAAAUACAAAUACAUAUAUUAAAAUCUGGACAAACCCAAACUCAUCAACAAUUGUAACUUCUUCAAUUUCUAAUAUUUAAUUUGAGAUGUGACGCAAUUUUUUUCGCAUUCAUGGUAAAGACAUUGUUGUCAAGAUUUUCAACUUUGCUUUUAGUAUUCAUUAUCAAAUUGUAUCAUGUUAAUGUGAACCAAUAUAUAACUGUAAUGUAUCUUAGCAAAGUAUUUAACAAGAAAGUGAUUUUCAUUUUUAUGUGGUCAGCUGUCAAUACGAGUCAAUUCAUUGUUUUUCGUCCUUCAACACAUUAAUGGACCAACUGUUAAUUAAUAACUGGUUUUCUAUGUUAUCAAAUGCGAAUAAAAACAGAAAGCAUAAAGGCUGAUGGUUGAGGAAAAAAAGCAUUAGAGCUGGAUUAGUAGAGGCUCUGCUUUUAUUAAAGAACAAUUGUAGCAAUUGUUCUUUAAUAAAAGCUAAUUUGUUUGUUGUAUUAAUUACGACAGCAAUGAAAUAAGAAAAUCAGAAUGAGAGAGGCGUGCAACCUAAAAAGUUUUUUACAAUGAUUUCACACAAUAUAUGUAGAGACGAUUGUGUGAAUUGUACACACUUUCCACAUAAAAAUGAAAUGAAUAGAACAUGUUCAUAAUGUUGGUGAUAUGUGUAAGCACUUAUUAGAUUCAAGUAGAUAUUGCAGGUGUAUGAUGUGAAAUAAACUUAGGGUUAAUUCAUUGUGAGAAUCUACGAAAGAGGCAGAAACAUUUAGAAUAGCAAAUCUCAUCUAUGUACUUGACAUUCUUGUUUCUGUUCUUGUGUCUUGUGAGAAACCUGAUAUUAUGUGCUCUAAAACACUUCUCACAGAAUGAACCUUAAGUGUCUUCUAGCGUAACCCUCCAACCACCACACGUCUGAACAAAUUAGUCUGAUCCCAACUGUGGUAGAGGAAGGGUCGAGUGGGUAUGCCUGCAGUCCCUCUUGUGUCGUGACUAUUACUGUAUAUAACUUAGAGUAAUGGUGUUCCCCGGUAUUCUAGUGAUACCCGCUUUAUUAUUAUAGGUCGAAUUUUCAUUCCACAUGUGCUUCAUAUGCUCACUAACAUGGAUUCAGACAUUUUUUUAAACCGUUUUAGAUAUUAUAACAUUAGUGUGACGGUACGUGUACUUGUGAGCAGUCUUUUUAUAUCUGUGCGUAUUAUAAAAUAUUGUUCACGUCUAGAUCUAUUAUUAUAUCGAGUGCCUAUAGCAUGGAGAAGUUCAAGUGUAAAAAGUCAGUUAAUUUUCAUAAUUAUUUGUCACCAUGUAUUGAUCUUCCAUAAAAUUACGAUGAAAUUAAAAUAUUGAUGUAACAGUGAA